UGAUGAGUGUUGAAACGACUCUAAUAUCUCUACUGUUGUUCCAAGGAAGUGUGAAGAACCGACUGGGUUGAUUACCACCGUUCUUGUAAAAAUUAUGGAAGCAAUUCGGAAUUGAUUUCAGUCUUUGGAAGUUCAGCAUGAAUCAGCUCGAGUCUGCGGAUAUUGGAACGCGUACAAGAAGAAUAUGCGGUGUCUGUUCAAAGAAAGAGGCUCCCUAUCGUUGUCCAAAAUGUCAUAUGGCAUAUUGUUCAAAGGAUUGUUAUGAAAGUCACAAUAUAUCCUGUCUUGAACAGUUCAGUAGCUCCUUUACGGAAUCCCUUCGCAACGUUUUUGCGUCGGAAUCAGAGAAAACGCAAAUGAAACAACUGCUUCAGCGACACUGGGAUGAAUAUUCAGAAGAUAAUGCUUUGAGCGUGGAAGAUGAAACCGAAAUACUGGAAGAGGCACUUCACAGGCUAGACGUGGAUGAACCGGAAGCGGUUUUUUCUAGUUUACCUGAGAGAUUUCAGCAAAAAUUUCAAAGGCUUUUAGCAAACGGUGAAAUUGAGGAUCUUGUACAAGUCUGGAAGCCUUGGUGGGAGGAAGAAGAGCCUACGAUUGUGGAGAUCUCAAAGAAUAACUCUGACACUGUUGGUCACAGAAAAGUCAAAUUUGAAGACUGCAACCAAGAGAAACCCCACUUUAAACAAGAGCCGUCAGUAACUUUGAACCUACAUGUAGUAGAAAUAUGUUACGCCUAUUGCUAUUGUAUGCGAUUGUUUAAUGGAGACUUGCAUAUAGACUGUCUCGACAGUUUUCAGUGCCUUUUAUCUAUAUCAAAAGUUCUCUCGGAAGAUCGCCGAUAUUCAUCAAUUUCGGAAGUUUUAUAUUCUGUCUUACGCCAUUCACAAGAAGAUAUUCACUAUUCCAACUCAAAAGAUUUUUCGAUCCUUCUUAUUCGGGAUACACGUAUCGUUGUAGGUAAAGGAUGUAAAUGGAUCCUGCGAGCAAUUGAGGAAGCUCAAGAACUAGCCAAGGCUGCUCGUCAGGAACUCAAAAAAAAUAAUUAUAAUAGAGAUUGGUUUCAGACAACACUAAAAGUAGAGAAGAAACUAGGUUACUUCAAAUUUUUUGUAGAAUCACGUUGGGACGAAACUUGGACCAAAUAUUUUUGUCAGAAUCUUGAAUUAUUUGAACAGCAACAGCUAGAAAACCUAAAGGAAAGUUUCCAAUUUUCAAAGAAUAGAAAGAAAUGAGAUCUUUAAAUGCCAAUUUCUCAGUAUCUGUUUAGAAAAUGAAGCCUCAUUGAAAUUUAUAGGUAAAUUUGGGUUUCUUUCGGUUCACUCUCUAGUCAUAAAGGAACGCAAAGCUUCUAAUUAUUACUCAAAGGAUACGCCGAAAUUUGGAUGAUUCGUUUUACGAACUUUCUUCCCCAAAAUAAAUCUUAUUAUUAAAGUUUACCAUCUAGAUUUGUUAUAAUCAUGACAAUCCUGAAUUAAAAAAAAUUAAUUUGCCACUCGUUAAGCUUUGAUUUACAAAAAAUUCUGAACCUUGAUUACAAUUUUAUGUUGGCUUAAAGCGAAUUAAAUUAAAUUGAAUUUAUUGAAAUUGACAUCACCAUUACGAUUAAUAUUGUUGAUGCCGUUUUUCUAAAGAAGAACAUUCUUUGAUAAUAAAUUUGUAUAAAAAUGACUAAAAUUGCAAUUAUCGAUAGUUCUUUAUGUAAAUUAUAAAAAAGUGAAAAUUUUC